AUGACAGCAAGAGAUUCACCGGGCUCUCAGCAGGUCCUCGACCAUGAGAGCACUCGACGAACAGCAGACAUGACUGACAAGAUGAGACAUGGGUUCGGUGAAGAUUACAAUUCAGAAAACUUCUUAAACACCCUCGCCAACACCUUUUACAUCUAUUUUGAUGACAAAAGGCACAGUACCACGGGGAACCCUCUCACUAAGGAGAUGAAAAACAACCCCAAGCAUUUUAAAAACUUUCAACCUAUCCACGACUGGAAAAUCAUGAAAGAAAGGCAAAAGACCAUCAGUGCCGUGUUGGUGAUGUGUCUCAAUUUAGGUGUCGACCCUCCGGAUGUCAUGAAGACUUAUCCAUGUGCUAAACUCGAAGCGUGGUGUGACCCAACUACUUUCACCGACACCAAGAAAGCAAUUGAAAAUAUUGGUAAGAACUUGCAAACACAAUACGAAACACUUUCCCUACGAACUAGAUACAAACAAUCAUUAGACCCUUGUGUGGAAGAUGUAAAGAGAUUUUGCAAUACAUUGAGACGCAAUGCUAAAGACGAGAGGAUCCUCUUUCAUUACAAUGGCCACGGUGUACCACAACCAACCACCAGUGGAGAAAUUUGGGUUUUCAAUCGUGGGUAUACUCAAUAUAUCCCUAUAUCACUUUAUGACUUGCAAACCUGGCUAGGAGCUCCCGUUAUUUUUGUGUAUGACUGCAAUAGUGCUGGAAAUAUCGUCCACAACUUUAAAAAAUUUGUACAAAAGCGAAUCGAUGAUGAUAAUGAAGGUAAUCACGAUGCCAGUGCACCCUCGUCAACGUCAGCUUAUCUUGACUGCAUUCAGUUAGCUGCGUGUAAAAGUAAUGAACUAUUGCCUAUGAGUCCUGACCUUCCUGCCGAUUUAUUCACUUGUUGUUUAACAUGUCCUAUUGAUAUCAGUAUAAAGUGGUUUAUCAUGCAAAGCUCGCUUAAGAAAAGCUACUAUGAUUCGCUACCCAAGAAUCAAAUUGGAAAUGUCAUUGUUCCAGGAAAGUUGACAGAUCGAAGAACUCCACUAGGAGAGCUCAACUGGAUAUUCACUGCAAUAACUGAUACAAUCGCGUGGACCUCCCUUUCAAGACCAAUUUUCAAACGACUCUUUCGACAGGACUUGAUGGUGGCUGCACUAUUCAGAAACUUCUUACUAGCAAAGAGAAUAAUGCCCCAUUUGAACUGCAAUCCAAUAAGUGACCCACCAUUGCCAGACUCGGUGAAAUAUCAUCCAAUGUGGGACUCUUGGGACUUGGCUAUUGAUCAGGUACUUUCGCAAUUGUUGAAAACGGGAACCGAGGAGCCUGUGAGUCAAAAUGCUAGCCAGUCCCAACUAUUGAUAGCAAAUGGCCUGGCAGCUGCUAAUGGGAGCAGCAGCUCGCACCUGGUACCUCAUGCAAAUGGAUCUUCAUCAAUCGUGCCCACAACACAAAGCUUAGGAAAUUACCAGCAUUCAACUUUUUUUGAGCAGCAAUUGACUGCUUUUGAAAUAUGGCUAAAGUACGCAGGUCCGUCGACAAAAGAAGCGCCCGAACAGCUUCCAAUAGUAUUGCAAGUAUUGCUAUCUCAAGUCCACCGAUUGAGGGCAUUAAUCUUACUUUCAAAGUUCCUUGAUUUGGGUCCAUGGGGAGUUUAUCUAUCUUUAUCCAUUGGCAUUUUCCCGUAUGUGUUGAAACUUUUGCAAAGUCCUGCUCAGGAAUUGAAACCAGUAUUGAUAUUCAUAUGGGCGAGGAUAAUGGCUAUCGACUACAAGGGUACUCAGCAGGAGUUGUGCAAAGACAAGGGCUAUAAUUAUUUUUAUUUGAUCUUGAAUUCUUCACCACCAAACCAGGUAGGUGGUACUCACGGAUCCGGAGGCUCUGCCUCGAGUGCCGCGAUGUUAAUUAACGACGAUCAUAAAGCAAUGAGUGCAUUUAUUUUAACACUUUUCAUAAAGGACUUCAAGAAUGGCCAGAGACUUUGUUUCUCCAGUGAAGUUGUCACCAACUGCAUACGCUUCAUCCAAACAAGCGAAAAUCCGUUGUUAAGACAAUGGUGCAGCUUGUUACUUUCUCAAUUGUGGAACAAGUACCCGGACGGGAAGUGGGUGGCGUACAAGGAUGGUCAUAUAAAUCAAUUGCUGUUACUUAUAAAUGACCCUAUCCCCGAAGUCCGUACAUCUAUUGUGCUUGCUAUGACCAACUUUCUUUCUGAUCCUGCUCCUCCACCAUUUGGGCAACCUCAAAGUACACAACAAAAGCCAUCACAGUACAGUUCGACUUCCGAGACCAGGAAAGACGAAAUGAGACAGCAAGAUUUGAAAUUAGCUAACGUUGUAUUGGGCCUCUUGGGUGAUGGUUCUCCGAUUGUGCGGAAAGAAUUGGUGUUUUUCAUCAACAAGUUCAUCAAAGCAUACUCCAAGUUCUUUUUGGUGGUUGCAUUCAAUCAAUUGGAGGAGGAAAUUGUACUUAUUGAUAACCCGAACAACUUGAAUGAUUUUAGAAAACGUUCCCCGGCAUAUGGCUCUAUAUUCAGCUCGAUCUGGAAAGCGCUUUUGAUAUUGUCAGAAGACCCACACUGCGAGGUGAAGAAUUUAGCUGAAGUUGUGAUUGAUUUUGUCAUGGUGCAUUUGAAUAAUAGUGAGUUGGGUCAGUUGGUUACGGAAAUGCAAGGGUACUUGUUGAGUAAAUCCACCCUCAAUAUAAGUGAAGCUUUUAUAUCCGGCACGCCUAUUUUGAGUAAGCCCACUGUGGGUACUGUGGGUGAGAAAAGACAAGUGUCAAGUGCAUCAAUGGUUAAUCGAAAGAAUAGCUUACUCAUAGAUGGCUCUUCUUUGAAAACAAGAGCCGUUUCAGCAAAAGAACAUCACUUGCCAGACACUAGAUCUAACAAUGAAUCCAUUACAUCGAAAAUUAAAAAUAUGUCCAUGUCAAAAUUGUUGAAAAGCUUGCAUCUAAACGAAGAGUCGGACAUGAAAGGAUUCAGUCGUAUAUUGGCUUCAGGUCCAACUCCUAGUCGAUAUGGAGGCGAAUAUAAGCCUAAAUCGGCAUUUUACAAACCUCGGGAUUUGACAGAACUACCCGAACUUCCAGCGGAGUCAGAUUUCUUUGAAUACAGUUGUGAGUACUUUCAAGAACCGCAAAUGUCCAAAAAUGAGGCUGACGAGCCGGGUUCCAGAGAGUAUGUCAAGAGAUUGUGGCGCAGGAAUCGGAAUGAACAGAUAAUUCAAGAAACUCAGCCACAGAAGGAGAUGGCAUUACGUGGGGAUUGGAGUACAAACGUCAGAGUGUUGAACAACGUGUCGCAACCCAAAUGUGUCAAGUUCACGCAAUUUGAAAAGAUUUUGGUUGCAAGCGAUGAAAAGGAUAAUGUGACAGUUUGGGAUUGGGGUCGUGGUAAGAUUGUUAAGAAGUUUUCUAACGGGAACCCCUUUGGAACCAAAAUUACGGAUUUGAAAUUUUUGAAUGAAGAUGAUCAGCCUUUGUUAUACACCGGCUCGUCUGAUGGAGUGGUGAAGAUUUAUAAAAACUUUCACAAUGAUGAAAGUAUUGACGGCGGUGACGAUGAGGAUGACGAAUAUGAUCCAUACAAAGGCAACAAGAUUAAUCAAAAGCAUGGCUUCUUUGAAGAGAACGACAACGAUGUAUAUACCAACAAGAUAGAGUUGGUCACAGGCUGGAGAGCGCUAACAGACUUGCUCCUUACUGCAAAAAGCUCGGGUCUUGUUUCGGAGUGGCAACAAUCGAGAGGUUCGCUCUUGGUAAGUGGUGACGUUAAAGUUAUUCGUAUUUGGGACGCGCCACGUGAAUUGUGUCUACUGGAUAUACCUGCCAGGUCCUCGUCAUCGAUCACUAGCUUGACCUCUGACCAAGUCGCGGGUAACAUCUUUGUUGCAGGAUUCGACGACGGUAGCAUCAGAGUGUACGACCAAAGGCUUGAUGCGAGAGAGUCGAUGGUACGAAUGUGGAAGCAGUCAAGACAACCAAACGGGCAACCAUUCCGCAACGUUGGACAAGGUUCUAUAAAAAAUAUUCAAAUGCAAAGAGGGGGUUACAGGGAAUUGAUCAGCGGUUCAUCUGAUGGGUUUGUCAACUUGUGGGAUAUAAGACUAAACGAUCCAAUAUUGACCUACAAUACACCCGGUAACCAAAUCCGUAGCAUUGAUGUUCAUGAACAUGCACCCGUUUUAGCAACAGGCUCCAAAUCGGUAAACAUUUGGUCAACAUCCGGUGAAGAUUUGACAACUUUGAAAAAUCCUUCUCAUGAAAAGUACUUGACAACAAAUCGAGGUAUCAAUUAUCUUUCAAGUGUGACAUUCCACCCGCAUAGGAUGAUGCUUGCUACAAACUACACGCAGGAUGCUAACAUAAACAUAUAUACUUGUACAGAUGUAGUUAGUGAGUAUUGA